AGUAUUUCAGCUUGAAGUUUGCAGUAAAGGUUGUUGGAUUGAGUUGGACACACGAGAUCACUGGAAACAGGGGAUAUACAGAUAACUGUGGCGCAUUUUCAAUUUGUUCACUUCAAAACCGAUGGUUUUAUUGACGAUAUUUUUGGAAUGCGUGCUUAAAAUUUAUUAGUUAUUCAUGAGCGUACGGCGGCUAUCGAUUAAUGCGAUAAUAAUAAAUUAAUAUAAAACGCAAUAUUCAAUUGCGUGAGUGUGAAAGGAAACUCUCGUGCAGAACAGUUCAAGAAGCCAUAAAUAAAUUAUUAUAAUUGCUGUACGGUCAUCCCAAAAAUCUGUAAUCAAAAUGCUUGUAUCUGUAGUGGCGCACAGAUCCAACAUGUCAGCGGAAGCAUCAAAUGGUAGCAGCCCCUCACCCGCCGCCUCCGCCGAGCCCCCAGUAGCCGAAGUCGCACAAUUGGCUUUAGAAGAUGAACCGAAAGUCAGUUUCCAAGAUCAAUUCAAGGCCUUCUCCAAAUUUGGUGACACAAAAUCGGACGGCAAAUUGAUUACAUUAUCGCAAAGUGAUAAAUGGAUGAAACAAGCUAAAGUGAUCGAUAAGAAGAUCACCACAACUGACACGGGCAUACACUUUAAGAAAUUUAAAGCGAUGAAAAUCUCCUGUGCUGAUUACAAUAAAUUCCUUGAGGAUUUAGCGAAGGCGAAAAAGAUCGAGUUGAGUGAAAUAAAGAAGAAAAUGGCUGCUUGUGGAGCGCCGGGUGUUCUGCAGGUUUCGGCUGGCAAAGCAGCAUCGGCCGUUGAACGCCUCACUGACACCAGCAAGUAUACUGGGUCUCAUAAGGAGCGCUUCGAUGCCACUGGUAAGGGCAAAGGUAUCGCUGGCCGUAAGGAUUUGGUGGACGCAUCUGGCUACGUAUCUGGUUAUCACCACAAGGAUACAUACGAUCCCACUCACUAAAGGCAGAAAAUUUCCAAUCAACUCGGAGCGAACAUGAACACAUUUAUAAUCUCUAUAAAAGAAAAAAAUACUUAAAUAAAAUCACAAAACUGCACAAAUAAGCUUUCAUGCAGGUUUAUAUAAAUAUUAGGUUUACACAAAGCUAUUUAAUGCAUUUUUAUUAUUACUUUAGAACUUUGCCUAAAAGUGGCUUAGAAAAGCAAAAACCAUACGUAAAAGUAUUUAGUUUUUAUUUAGUACUCUUUUCGUGGCAAUUUAUUGAAUACACUUUUGUGAUACUUUUAAUUAAUAUUACAAUAAAAGAAUAAAACUUUUGCUAGAAUAUGGUAUUAUAUUUGUUGUAGUCUGCUUCUUAAUCUGGUGUUUUGAUUUAGUAUGGCAUAAAUAUUUUUUUCAGUCGCUUUUAAU